UUUGAAUUUUCUAAACAAUAUCAAAACUUCUCCUUUGCUUGUAGAAGACCUGAAACGUCUAUCUGUCUUGAACAUGGGUAUAAACAAGAUAGGGUGUGAUUGUAGAGAGCGGGAAGCCAAGAAAUGGCUUCUUGAAUCUCCACACACACUACGAUGGCGUGUCAUAUGCAUUGAUGAAGUUACUAGCCAGAUGAAGCCACUGAAAGAUAUUCCAUGGUCAGAUCUGACAUGUUCAGCACCUGAAGUGUCUGUUCUAUUAGACAGUCCAGGUAUGAAUGUAGCAGAGAACAUUUCAGUCAUUUGCCAGACAAACUGCGAAGAAAGUCUCACAUUCUCGUGGAUACUACCCAGUGGCGAGCACAGGUCUUCAGAUUACCGGUAUUCCACAAACUACACUCGUGUGAGAACGAUGUCGUGUGAAAGGUCGGGUGUGGAAAUAUCAGAGACCAAGAGAAUGUGCCACUCAGUGUUGAACAUCCCUGUAGCUGACAACACCACAGCAGGCAACUACACUUGCAGGGUGGCGACGAACUAUACGGAAUCCGCGACAGCAUCGGUGAUACUGACAAUCAGCAAUGCUACAAGGCUGCUAGACACCGUGGCUACCACAGGACUCGGAAAUAUUAACAGAAGUACUGCUAAAACAACGACAGUCAUGUACCUGGUAACCUUCUUCUGUUGUGGCGUUAUGUCUGGAUUAACCAUUUGUGUCAUAAAAAGGGGAUCGGUAUCUAAUGAAGAUGGUGGACAAGGCAACACUGUGGAAGGACACUACGAAAACGACGACCAGUUUUCAGACGGAAAUGACAAUGCAAACAGACACUAUGAAAACGACGAUCAGCAUCCUGACCCAAACAAUGAUGCAAACAGGCACUACGAAAACGACGACCAGUUUCCGGACUCAAAUAAUGAUACAAACAGACACUACGAGAACGACGACCAGUUUUCAGACGGAAAUGACGAUGCAAACAGACACUAUGAAAACGACGACCAGUUUUCUGACUCAAAUAAUGAUACAAACAGACACUACGAGAACGACGACCAGUUUUCAGACGGAAAUGACGAUGCAAACAGACACUAUGAAAACGACGACCAGUUUUCUGACUCAGAUAAUGAUACAAACAGACACUACGAGAACGACGACCAGUUUUCAGACGGAUGUGAUGAUGCAAACAGACACUAUGAAAACGACGACCAGUUUUCUGACUCAAAUAAUGAUACAAACAAACACUACGAGAACGACGACCAGUUUUCAGACGGAAAUGAUGCAACCAGACACUAUGAAAACGACGACCUGUUUUCUGACUCAAAUAACGACACAAACGGACACUACGAAAACAACGAUCAGUUUCAGGAGUCAAACAAUGAUUCAAACAAACACUACGAAAACAAAGACGGAAAUGGAGAUUCGCAAAGACACUAUGAAAACGACGAUCAAUUUCCGGACACAAACAAAGUUACCGUCAGGCACUACGAGAAUGAUGACCAAUUUUCGUCUGAAAUCGGAGCCACGGUGAGGUCCGAAGAAAACGGCGACCAGUUUUCGGACGAAGAGGGGACAUUGGAAGGUCACUAUGGCAAUGAAAUCGGUGCAGAAUCUUCCUUUAAGGCAAGUCCCCGGUAUGAGGCACCUGUUGCAGUACAAGAAAUGACAUCAGGCUUGUACAACACUGACAGUCGUGAGGAACAGUAAGACCCUCUAGUAGAUGUAGACAAGUACGGGACAAGUAACAGAUAACAACCCUGCACAGAAAUAUGCAUAUGGGACGUUUCCUGACAGUCAAAAGAUCACAGAGGAACAACGUGGUGUGACAUACGCACCCAAGGAAUGUGACGUCAUGGAUUCCGCUGACACAAAGAAUGGAUGACGUGUCAGGUUACGGACAUAUGUGGCCCUUCCCACUGCCCACAAUACCUGCGAACAGGAAAUCGAAACAGGAGGACAUAGAAGUGGGCCAUGAGAAUUAAGUAGACAAAGUCGGUUUCUCCCUUUUUAUCAAACAGAAGGUGUUACGGGACAUUGGAAUGUUACUGACACUUGAUGGUUAUGCUUUAACUAAUUUCAAAUGGACACCAUCAAAGGCUCUACUCUUUGAUCAGCAAGGGUAUUUCAACCCAUUUAAAACGCAGGAGUCAUUUUUUGUUUGUGUAUAUCAUGUAUUUUAAGGUCACUUAUAUCAUACGCUACGUCAACAGCUGCCUGCAGGCUGAUUUGAGCUGCUCAUGAAUAAUGGUUCAAACAGACAAACAAUCCAGGUCACCAUGGUGAUGCUUCACUCAGCAGACUAAUAUAAACUCACUCUAGUUUCAAUUAUCAGUACGUACGAACGUGUCGCCUGUAUCCACAACGUGUCAAAAUACUCAUUACAAUAGAUUGUGUUUCUUUCACAACACAGGCCCAUUCUAUCUAUAGCACAAGAGUAACUGAUAAAGAUACAAUAUCAUAUAUUUUAGAAAGAAUAACUUUUUGCACAGACGGCAUACCUAAUAUUGUAAUAAAUACUACUAUUUCAUAUACUAAGUGCAGUUUCGCUUAAAUGUAUAACGAUUGUUUUUUAGAUUUUCAAAUGAGACGAGUUUGGAUGGAAAGAUUUUUGUUGGUCUUUGUCUUUGUUGGUCUUACAUAUUACAAUUCAGAGCCACAUACACAUAAUUUCAGUCUAAAAACAAUGCCUUUUAU